GCCCUGCCCUACCCGUCACCCCGGAGCCGACGAUGCUCGGAUGCCUGCUACGCUGGCUGCACCGGCCGGAAACUUUGCCCCAAGUCUCCACCCGCCUGACCGCCUAGUCGGUGGUGUGUUCCCCGGGGCCCCGGAGCCCCGCGAGUAAUUGCGAGGACCCCCGGGAGUCCACGCCCCGCCGCGCGCGAACAGCCGCCAGGAUGCGCUACGCGGACCCCUCGGCGAGCAGGGAUUUGUUGGGGAACCGAACUUUGCUCUUCAUCUUCAUCUGCGCCUUCGCCUUGGUGACUUUGCUGCAACAGAUCUUGUAUGGCAGGAACUACAUCAAGAGGUAUUUUGAAUUUUACGAGGGCCCUUUGGAAUAUAACUCCACCAGAUGUCUGGAGCUGAGGAACGAGAUCUUGGAGGUGAAGGUGCUGUCCAUGGUGAAGCAGUCGGAGCUGUUCGACAGGUGGAGGAGCCUGCAGAUGUGCAAAUGGGCAAUGAACAUCUCCGAAGCCAACCAGUUCAAGUCCACCCUGUCCAGGUGCUGCAACGCCCCCUCCUUCCUCUUCACCACCCAGAAGAACACUCCCCUGGGGACAAAGCUCAAGUAUGAGGUGGACACCAGCGGCAUCUACCACAUCAACCAGGAGAUCUUUCGCAUGUUUCCCAAGGACAUGCCCUACUACCGGUCCCAGUUUAAGAAGUGUGCAGUGGUGGGCAACGGAGGCAUCCUAAAGAACAGCCGCUGCGGGAGGGAGAUCAAUAGCGCUGACUUUGUCUUCAGGUGCAACCUACCCCCCAUCUCAGAGAAGUACACCGUGGAUGUGGGAGUGAAGACAGAUGUGGUCACUGUGAACCCCAGCAUCAUCACAGAGAGGUUCCACAGGCUGGAGAAGUGGCGGCGGCCCUUCUACCGCGUGCUGCAGGUGUACGAGAACGCGUCGCUGCUGCUGCCCGCCUUCUACAACACGCGCAACACCGACGUGUCGAUCCGCGUCAAGUACGUGCUGGACGACUUCCAGUCGCCGCAGGCCGUCUACUACUUCCACCCGCAGUACCUGGUCAACGUGUCGCGCUACUGGCUCAGCCUGGGCGUGCGCGCCAAGCGCGUCAGCACCGGCCUCAUCCUGGCCACGGCGGCGCUGGAGCUCUGCGAGGAGGUGCACCUGUUCGGCUUCUGGGCCUUCCCCAUGAACCCCUCGGGCCUCUACAUCACUCACCACUAUUAUGACAACGUCAAGCCCCGCCCGGGCUUUCACGCCAUGCCCUCCGAGAUUUUCAACUUCCUGCACCUGCACAGCCGCGGUGUCCUCCGCGUGCACACGGGCACCUGCAGCUGCUGCUGAAGGCACGCCGGCUGCCUGGCGCGCCCCGACCCCAGAACCUUGCUCUUCCUUUCCCUCCCGCGCCAGGCAGGGCAGUCAGUGGAAAGGUCCGGCUGAAAGGCUGUCCCUCCUUCAGUAGUUCAGCUUCAUGCUUGGGACUUGUGGGUUUGGGGCCGACUCAGCUCUGUGCCAGGCGUCCUGGGCCUCAGUCCGGGCCCUGUGCCUCUGCAAGCGAAUAAAGCACAUUUCCAUUCAAUUUUAGCAUCCAAGAAAGAAGAGCACAAAGUGUAGCGGCCUUGUCACAGCUAAAGGAAGGCCCUGUGGAGAAUGGAAAAGAGGGAGACUGGAGACGGGAACGUGUGAGCACGGGCAAGAUUUAAUUCAGACUUUUGGGUUCCUGAGUUUUAUUCCAACUCUCAGUCCUGAUUUGC